GGCAAAUCAGUCUUUACACUACUUUAUAGAGUCUCACUUGGUGCAAUGUGAGUAAGUUCAGUGCGGUAAAUCGCUUGGAAAUGGCUCUCGCGAUAACUAAUUUGUCGAAGCUUCAACACGAACUCUACCGUGAGAAGCAUGGCUUCGACAAGUUGUCUAGAAAUGUACAAUCGUCUAUGGUCUAUGAUCCGACGCACAUUCGCCGCAUUACAACCUUCCCUGAUCGGUAAGUGCUAUAAAAAAUUGUUGAAAUUUUUGCCGUUAGUUUCUAAGCUUGUGGAAUUUUGUAAUUGUCUGCGAUGUGCAGACUUUCGCCUUGAAUUCGGAGAUUCUGUACGAGAAUUUUGUUUUCUGAGGUCGAAAUCUACAAAUUGUGGCUUUUAAUUACACCUGGUGUUGAUUACACUCAUUUCCCAAUCACGAACUGAGAUCGAAAGGCUUCAAAGAAUCUCACGCAACCUCAAGUCAGCACGUCACGGUAACAUUUUAGUAACGCUAGGAUCCAAUAGUGGAGCGCGCGAGGAGAAAAGCGUGACAGCAUCUGCGUGGGUUUUUAAGGCCAACUGAAAUUGUUCCAUACUCUCCGCGAUAAAAAAAAGUAAAAUUGCGUUUCGUUGUUGUUGUUGUUUUUCUAAUCUAAACUAUGACCAGUCGGUGGGAAGUGUAGGUCUGUAAUUCGUGCAGAAUGUUUCAGGAAAAUAAGAAAAAUUUUCCCCAAGCUUUUGAAGAGUGUAUAUGGAACAUCUCAAUAACUACAUGAAUAUUAAGUACUGAGAGGAAACAUGCUAAAGGGGAAAAAAAUUAGUGGAUACAUUUCAUAGAUAGGUAAAAUUCCCCACAGCCCCAUACUAUUGUAAAACAAAUCUGUUUUCCCAAUGGCAAUGUAUUGUUUUUGUCAUUGUUUUCUCUACCCAAGAACUGAAUGCACAAUGUAGUAUGGGGCUGUGCGGAAAUUUUACCCAUAGAUACAAUGUAAAGGAAUACAACUAUCUACUUGAUGAGAAACAAUUCAUCUACCCACUGCUAACAAAGCAGUUAAUUGCUACGUAAAUCAACCAAAACUGCCCACAGUAGUCACAUUGUCCAAGGAUUUACAUGUAACAUUCAACUAACAGAGGGGAAAUAACUAAUAGGAUACAAGAGACUAAUAAGAUUCAAAACGACUCAAGAUCCCUAGCCAGGGGGAAGGGGGGAGGGCACCCAUAGAAAAAGGGUGAAGAUGUUCCCAGGGAUCUUAAAUUAGGCUCCCCAAAGGGGCAGACUGACCUGGGUGUGGUGUUUCCCAGGAGGUACCAUUUAGGAACUCUUCUUGGGUGAGCAAAGAACAAACCUGGCAUUCAAUUCCAGGUUCCAGAGCACUGAAGUCAGAGCCACUGAACAACAUGUUUAGUUCCUUAACACUUAGCUACAAAGCUUCCAGUGUGUAUAUGAUUUUGGUUUGUGAGCUCCCCCCCUCCCCCAACUUUUCCUCAGAAUUUCAAAUUAUCUUUGACAAGGUGAGUGUUGAUUGAACUGAAACUGUCCAAGAAACUUAUGUCUGGGUGAUAAAAAUUGUGCUAUUGAUUAUUUUAAACUCUCUCUAGAUAUUCACGUCACCUUGAACAAGCUGAAGUUCAUGUUAAAUGUCCUUGGGGUCGUGCCCGAAGCUAUGCUGGUGAAGCUCCUGUGUGUCUUCCUGAAAGUUGUCGGCCAAAAUGGGAGCCACCUUUCCUCCUACAAAAAGGACACAGACACUUUGGCAGUGGAGUUGAUCCACAUCCCAGGUGAGUUUCUGACUUACUGUAGUCUGCAUGAUCCUUGUAGUGCUAGCUGGAUUAAGUGACAACAAUGAUAACCAUAUUCCUUUGCAGAACAAACUUGGUGUUGCAUUACUUAACCUUCAGAAUCUAAGAAAAAAAGAAAACAACAAGGCAUUGACAAUAGUUUACACAUGUACAUAUCUCAGUUUAACUAAAGACCAUGCACAUCAGGUAGUAAGUUACCUGUAUUACAGCUUGCUAGCUGAGUGCCAUGCAGUGAUUGCAAAAUUGGCUCCUUAAGUUGCUAAUUUUGUCACCAAAAUUGUUAACUAUUCAUCAGGGCGACCAAAAAUAUCAAAGCUUGGAGACCUGGUUAGAGUCAUUGACCUUGGUCAUGUCUUUGCUCUAGCAGUGUGCAGGCUCCUUUUAAGGCAUGUAACAAUUGUCUUUAAAGAACAUUUACAACUUUUCUCUUAUGAAAGAUUUUAUUAGAAAGACUAGAGCCAUCUCACACCCAGUGUUUCUUCAGAGCCCAACUUUGUUUUUCUACAUUGGACCCUAUGCUGGGUUCUCAGUUAAUCCUUUAACUCCCAGAGGAAAUAAACAUGAAACUUCUCUCUAUAAUAUCCCUACGCUAUUCAGCAAACAGGUAAUGAGAAUACUCAAACUUAUGGGGUAGAUUUUUGUUAUCCUCAUCUAACACCAAAUUCUUAUAACUGGUUUACAAGGAAAUCUGUCACAGUUAGAGGGAAGAAUAGGCCAUUUUACAGUUGCGUACUUAGUUGCCAAGCCUUUGAUUUGGAGUGAGGCUAAAGGUGACCUUGUUGUGAUGGAGACUAGUAUCUAGUUAGCAUGAUAACAAAGUAAUUUGCAUCUGAAAAGCUGCAAGGUUUGUAUCAUAACAAGGUCACCCUUAACCUCAUUCCUUUUCAAAGGCUUGGCAGCCAAGCACACAACUGUAAUGAUGAUGAUGAGAUCUUGGGAGUUAAAGGGUUAUGGGAGGAGUGAAAAGGUGGUUGAGGAAAAGGUUUGUAUCUGACAAAAAAGUUUCUCUCUUUUCCUCUUCCACAACCUUGUCUCCUUUCAUCAUUGUUCUUUUUAAAGCAUCUCCACUCAUCACAACCCUGAUGCAAGCAGUAGUUAGUGUUAUAUAACAUGGUGCUGGCAUUAAAUUGUACAAGUGAAUGUUGCCAAAUCUUUCCAUGAAUAUCACAUUGGUAUCUCUCAAGAAUUCUCAAAAAAUAUCUCAUUGUGACAAAGAUUUUCUUUCUGAAAAUACCUCAGCAAGCUUCCUAAAUGUCUUUCUCUUGGUUUAAAAUUGAACCAAAUUUGAGGGAGUUCCAAGAGCAUAUUUUGAGUAUUUAUUGCAAAGGACCAAAGACAAGUUUUAGGCUCAUCAAUCUUACACUUUAAACAAAGAAAUAAGAAAAUAAUGUGAGAGCACAGGAGACAUGUUAUAGUGUGCUGUUUAAGACACCAUAAGAAAAAAAUUUAGAAUAACCUGUGGAAAGACAUUCUUUUUAGGGGGAAGUGGGAAUGUGAUGGUGUGUCAGUCAAACGGUCCAGGUAAGGGAAAUGCUGAAAAAACAGGACGCCCAACGGCAGAUUGCAUUGAGAACCUGUAGGGAAAUAUUAAGACCAUCUUCGGAAUUUCCAGACGUCAUUGGAUAUGAUCGGGUUUUGUUGCUAGCACUCUUAGGAUAAAAUUCUAACGCUUGUGACUCAAAAGAGUUGACAAGUAUUGGACAACAGUUGAAGAGUUUUUCUUAAUGAAUUUUAAGUUUCAAAUGCGUUUUAAACAGUUUCAGCUCAGGUUUCAACACUUGUCCUGUCUCCGGAAUAAGUGAAAUAAACGCUUACUUGAUGUGCUUUAAUUUCUUGAAUGCCGAGAGCUUUAAGCCUUUUUAUUCCUGUUUUCCUAAGUUCUACAUGUAAUUCUUCGUGCAACAGUGCAGGUUUUUACUGGAAAUUUGACGUUCUGGACUUAAAGUUACAUUCUAAGGGGAGUGCUUGUGAAUCAGUUAAGAAUGAACACUGUAGUUGUCGUCAUUGCUGAAAAAAGGAAGUGCGACCUUGUCUUUGUGAAUGAAGGGUUCUAUUUGUUGUUUCUUACCGUCACAAAACUGCUUCUCUGUGGUUGAUAAUUCUUCCAGUUGUCCUCUUAUGUAAAUAGACUGUCAAUAUUUAGCAAAGGCAAGGUUGGUGCCUAUUCGAUAAAUCACGCUGCGAUGAUCCGCUCGCGUUUCUUGAGAACGAGCGAGGGUCACCGACUAUCACCCGAGAGUUACCGACGCCUAAGGGACCUGACGGAAAGGUCCCCAACUUACAAAUCAGAGAACUUUCGUUUAUAUUCUUGUCAAUUACUUUUCUCAUUAGCAAUAUGAGAUAGUUAAUUGACAGAGAAGAAAUUAGAACAGAAAGAAAUAUCCUGGACGUUCUGCCAUGCGGUAUUACUGACUGAUACAAAUUUUGCUAACUAGGGAAAUUGGUAUUUUUUUUAAGGUUCUUUGUAAUAAAAUAAGCGUUUUAUUGUUCGGUUUCAUUGAUCUGAAUUUCUCUUUGAACUAUUCAAAAAGCCCUUAAUUGGGUCUUCGUUAGGUACUUGAAGGGGCAGUAAGGCUGGAAAAAUUGCAUAAUUUCCCUCAUGCUCAGAUUUUCGACAAAUUUAAUCUAACGCUUCGGCUCAACAAUUUUGCUUUUGGUAUCUCUGAAUAAUGAAUCAAUCUAUCUCUUCGCGACACUUAUCCCUAAGAAGCGUACCAAAGCUGAUGCUCGCAAAAUGAGACGCAGUGUUGACUCGCUCGUAAAUAUUCACAAGGGUCUUUUGCCUUCCCACCCCCCAUAAACUGUAACCGAUAUUGACCAUUUUUUCACACACAGCGAAGAUAUGCUGCGACAAACAACAAAAGUAGCACCAAAAACAAAAACAACGAGAAACGAACAUUGCAGUCAAAGAACGAAAAAAAAAACACUGUGUUGUUGAUUUUCGCUUAUCACAGGAUAGCGCUUGUGGCCAGUGGGGAUUUGGUUUUGGUAACAUCUAAUAAGAUGACAAAGAGGCGCAUUUUGGUACCGAACUGAAAAACUUUCUUACCAUCCUGUCUGUUUUUAUUACAGAGGUCUUCCAUUGCAACAGUUUUACGACCUGACGCAGCUCAAGCGGAGUAAAGUGAGGUGGAACGAUGAGUUGUAAGUAAUACAAGGAAACGAGUCGAAGGCUUGGGGACGAACUGGCAAAGGUGGGGGCGAACUUGUUUUGCUUUAUGGGGCGAACGUGCUUUACUUUAGAGGGCAAACUUGCAAUAAAGCGAAAACUCCAGAUAUCCUACAAAAGGGUUGAACCCAGGUGGCCGAGGUUCAACCCCUUUAUGGGGAACGGAUGGGAGAAUUCUGGGAUUGGACUCGAUAAGGCCUUAACUAAGGCUAGCUCACCCUCCUGUAUAUUCGGUCACGUGAUGCAUUUAAACCAAACGCGCGCGAGCAAAAAUUUCUCAUAAAUAUCGACCUAUAUUUUUAUUGAUAAAUCUUGUCUCCUCUGUAGGUUGCCAAGGCCCACAACGGCUGCUGUGCAGUGAGUAUUCAAUUUCAGUAACUUUUAUGAAAGCAAAAGAAGAGACUUGCUCAAAAUUGAAUCGAAUUUGAAGAUAUAACAACUUUACCGUUUAAAAAUGGAAAGGAAGUUUCAGUUUAAUUUUUAUUCGAUUAAGCUAAGAAGUGCGAAGCCAGCACACCACAAUCCCUUUCAUGUGGAUCAGUUUCGAAUCCGCGCGGUUCCUGUCUGUUUGCACUUUAGGCGAUGUUUAAAUGAAAAAAAAGGUAUGUGAAGGGACCGGUAGCAGCCCCGUUACCAGCGUCAAAUAAGUAUGUUUGAAGUAAGUAACGUGCAUGACCCAGCUACUACCCUGUCUCACGAAAGAAUUAAGGGAGCUAUGUUCACAGGGUAACUAACUUAAAAAACCACUUAGAGAAGGGACUAGACGUAGGUUUAGCCAGCUUGAAAUAUUCAGGAGAGUUUAAUUUGUGAUAUUGUAAUAUCCUGGUUGUCAUUUUGGGAAUAUAUUUACUUUAAUUGCGUUUUUUUUCUUUUCAACCAUGUCUACGGUUACUAUAGUUUUCGACUAGUGUGAUGUUGAUAAAUGUUGCCAAUGUGAUGUGUGCAGUUUGUGUUUUGUUCUUCGAGUUUGUUACAGGUUUGACUCAGUGUUGAUACCGUUUCAGUUUAUUGUACAUGUGUGCUUUGGUAAGGUAUUUCCGUCAUAUGAUAAGUUUCCUCCAGCUGCGUUCUGAUAAGCGUGGUAAGCUAAAGAGCAAGUCAAAAGAGAAUUGGAGACUGUCACAAGAGAAAUCCUCAACAAGUUUUCAGUUAGCUAUUUACAGUUAGUUUGUGUCAGGAGGGGGGAAAGUUGUAUCACCCGAAAGGCGCCAUUAGUUCGUGCGUUUUCUACUGACGCAAGGCGAGCGGGAAGAUCGAUUCAUGCGCGAGACUCGACUUCUGCGCCCACCUCCGCUUGCCUGAAGUAAGAAAAUAAAGGACGUUAACUCUGAUUCGAUUAGUUAUCAUUGGACAAACCUUAUGGGUUGCGAACACGUUAUAGAGAUUUUUUUCAUUAUAAGGGAGAGAAUGGAAGUUAUAAUCCCAAGACCUAAAUAACCGCUUCAUUUUCAAUCUAAAUUAAAACUUAUUGUUGUUUAAACUGCAUUGACAAAAGAACAAAUAAUGUAAUUUAUUUUUACCAGGGCUUUCAAUGUGACAAUCUGUCAUCAUUUGUUCUUUCUUUGUUGUAUUCUUGCUGGAGAUGUUGACAAUAUUUUUCCUUUUUCCUACAGAGAAGGUCAAAUUUAUCUUCCUUUUCCAAAGGAGUCUCCUCUCAGUUCACAUAUGUCCCGUCAGGCCAUGUUCCCCAGUCCAACGCCAGCAGAACCUAAAUAUCAAGGCAAGAUCACAUCACCCACCCCUCCCCCGAUAAUCGUGAACAAAGCCAUGGGUAGCUUUGCUCGGCGGGAAGUGGUAACACCAGUGUUCAACUCCAGGACUUCUCCUCCACUGCAGCAUCCAGUGCGACCUGUAGCAGUAAGUACAAACUCGUGAUCUGCGUAAGACUAAUUUGUUUGAAAUAACAGAAACCCCAUCAGAAAAAGGGGCAUCGAUUAAAAUAAGUAAUUUCAGGCAACCGCAAAACGCAUAUUUAGUUCUGACGGUCAAAAUCAACCUGCCUCUGCCAUACAGCCCUGUAACGCUAUUUCGCACUCAGGAGGGUGGGUUAACCGUUAACACAGUUAAACGUAACAACUUUUCUGUUAACCAUAACGGAAGUAAAUUAACCGUUAACCGUUAACCGUAAAAUGGCAAAACUUUUAACCGUUAGACACCCUCACACGGCCUUGCACUGGACAUUUUCCGCUUUUAAGAAGGAAGAGUUUGACAAAAUUAUUACAACCAUCUAAGAAGGGUGAAGGAAACAUUUUUGUUUUAUCAAACACGUAAUUAGAUAGAAAUUAUGUAAAGCUUGAUCCGUGUAAAGUGUAAAGCUGGUAGAUAGUACCAGUUUUGUGGACCUAAAAUUACCCUUUGAGAUGCAUUGCCGCGAAAGGACAAUGAUCUCGGUUGAAUUUUAAAAAGUAAUUAAAUAACCAAAGGGAACGUCCUGUCAGGAAAAGGAAAAUAUCAUAAGGAGCCCAAGAGAAAUCAAAGCAACUGGUAAUACACGGCCCAGGCGUCGGAAAAGUGAGCGAUACAAUGGGGCUAUGUUUAAUUUUUCCUCUGACUGGUUCAGAGGCUGGCGCAAGUUAUCAAGACCAACCACUGAGGAAAGCGAAGCUAAAAAUUGCACGCUCAGAUUACUUUCUAUAAAACAUCAAAAAUAACAAAAACGUUUUCUCUCUUCGUAUUUCAAGGUGGCAAACAAUUGGUUUUCAAAACAUGAUGUCAUCAACCAGUUUAACAGGCUCCACCCAAGUAAUACUCCCACAAUUCGGCUCAACAUUCAGAGGCUACGGCGCGCUGACUGGAAACUAGUUGAUUAAAAAUGGCUAAACCAAUUAGAGUCGAGAACGACAGCUUGCACUCAAGAAUGGCUAGUGAAUCACAGAAUGAGUUGUACUUCUAUUGUGGAGUUAGCUGAAGAAAGUUUUGUAAUCGUUUGUGUGUGUAGAAAAGGUUUACUUUUUUAUAUUUUACAAGUCAAAGAAUGCAUAACAUAAUAGAUUUCUUUCAACCUCGUAAGAUUUUCAAAUUAUUUAUUUUGGAAGAAUAGCUUAUCAUAGCAAAUUAGAAACCGAAUGAUUGUGUUUUAAGUCUCGUCCAGACUCCUUUGAUUCCUUUGGACUUUCACCAUGUAUUAAAACAACUCACUUUGCCUUUUUAACCGUCAUUCGCUUCC